AAAACGUUUUUUACCCGAUAAGAAAAAAGUUCAAAACAGAAAAUCGUAAACAAAUUGAAGUGUGGAAAGAAAAUUCCAAUCAAUGUAAUCAGUUAAUAACUUUAAGUGCAAUGAGUGCGUUGAGGUUUGUUUUGUGAAUCAUAUUUAUUUACGUAAAAUAUUUCUUCCCUACAAAUGUUACGGAGAAUCAGAAAAAAUAAUAAUGAACCGACGAUACUUCCCCAAGCAUAUAUUUUUUCAACAUUUUCUCUCACGUUCUCACGGUGUUCGGGUAACCGAAGUUGAAAAGUGGGCGUGGUUUAUGCUUUUCAUAUAUAAGUUCUCUCACCCCGCGCUCGAUAUUUCACUUUCGCUCAAGUUUUCAAAUCGUUCGCCUCGUCUCAACAUAAAAUUUAUUUCGUGUUGUUUAAUUAAAUUAAAAAGAAAAAUUGUCUCACAUCAUUAGUAAACAAACGAGCUCGCGACGUAAAUCAAGUGGAUUUAACCCCAAUAAAAAGAAAAAUUUCUCACAUCUUUCGUGAACAGAAUAAAAAUUAAAAGAAAUAUUCAAGUGGUAAACAAAAAGAAAAAAAUUAAGUUAAAGAAUUAAUUAUUGUUAACAAGUGAAUUUGAUCAACAGCAAUAAACGAAAAUAAAUAGAGAAAGUUUAUUGACUUAAAAAAAUUGCUUAAAAUAUACGAAAAGAAAACAGUCGUAAAAAAUUACAGUGACUCAUAAAAUCUUGGGAUUAAGUUGGAUUAAAACUUAUUCAUCUUUAAACCAUCGUUAAAAACAAAUCCGUCAAAAUUCAUCAAAAAAGAAUGAAAGCAAUCACAGCAGUCUGUUCUACAGGCGCUUCGGUGCCAUCAAUCGCCAAUGGGCGAGUUUCACGUCAUCGUGAUGGUGAGAAUGCAGAAAUCCAAAUGUACAUCAGUAAACUCAAGGACCUUGUGCCCUUCAUGCCAAAGAACCGAAAGUUAUCAAAGCUUGAGGUCAUUCAGAAUGUCAUCCAAUAUAUUUGUGAUUUACAAACGGCGCUCGAUUCCGAUCCGGCCGUGAAUGAUUUCGAUGCAGCUGCGGUUCUCGCCAGUCAAAAUCACCACCUUUUGGAGUCGGUCAAUCCAAUCCGACAACCGCUUCAUGUGCGACCUAGUCCCAACACUAUUCUACCGUCAUCGAACAACAACACCUCACCUUCAUUAAUUCCAACCUCACAGAACUCAUCAGUUAAUCAUCAUAAUAAUACAGAUGAAAAAUCGUCGUGUUAGAGUCACAGUGACACGAUUUUGAUCUCAGAGAAGCCCACGAAAUAAAGAAGGAAGGAAGGAAGGAAGAAAAUAAAAAUAACGUUUGUUUUGUUAAUGAAGUUAAACCGGGAAUGCAGUCAAUGCAAGAAAGAAAUUUGUCGAUGCAAUUUAAAUAGAAACAACUUUCAGAGUUUAAGUCGUCUUAAAAAUAGAAGAAGGAUACAUAGAGCAUAGAAUUCAUAAAAAGACUAAGAAGGUUAAUGAUCUGUACAUGUGUGGCUGCACAGCAUAAUUUUGAAACAUGCAGUUACAGACUGGUUAAGGAAAUAAAGCAGAAACAUUUCACAAACACUUUUUAAAAUCCCCCUCCCCCACUUCUCCUCAUCAUGUUAACAGAACAAGUAACAAAAAAAACAUUUAAAAAUUAAAGCAACAAAAAAAAAUCUUUUAAUUAAUUUAAUAAUUAAAAUUCUGUGAUCUAUAGAUUAUUAUUUUAUUUUUUAAAUGAUGAAGAAUGGAAAAGAAGAAAUAAAAAAUGAAAAAGAUGUUAAAUGAUGAAUGUACAAAAAUCUGCGCGAAUUAAUUGAAGUAUCGCAAAAGUCCUCAAAAUUUAAAGUAAAAUAAAAAGCUUUGAGGGUUUUAAGAGGAAGUUAAGUUCGAACUUUUCUCAAUCUCUUGAAGCUCUGAAUUGAAAAGCUCCUGGAAAUUUAACUUUUUUGUUAAUUAAAUAUUUUAAUAAAAUUCAUUUUCUUUUCUGUAAUUUUCACUUUAAAACAAUUAAAAUGCAAAGAAAUGCUUUUUGAUGAACUCAAAAUGUCACACGAAAUUAUAACAGAAAUGACACUGCAAAUAACCUUUUUCUUAUCAAAUUGUUUAUGUUUUUCUAAUUAUUAAAUAAAAUACACAAGAUAUAGUUGUAAAAUGAA